UGAUCCGGGUAAAGGUGGUAAAAUGCCCGUCCCAAUCCCUCUCCUCCGGUUCUCCAUCUCAAGAGGCACAAACAAGAGCAAGCUCAGUGCCCAACAGCCCCUCGCCGGACUCUCUCCCACAGAGAGGAACUCGGCCCCAAGCCCCGGAGACCCGCGCAGGCCGCCUCCGGAGGAGCCCCCGCAGACGCCAUACUAAAAGCCAAAAUGGCUGCCCCAAGGAAGCCCGCACCGCGCAGCUAGUGAGGGCUGGGUAACAAGCGUCUGCGGUAAGGGGGGAGGGGGGCUAGAGGAAGAGCCGUCGCCAGGACCAUCGCCCCCCGAGCCGCACAGCCAGGAGCUGUAACAUGUUGCUGUACUUUACUGUGAAAUUCAGUAAAGCAAAAAGUGCUCCUGGGCAAAGGGCAGCCAAGCAGUCCACCUGAAAGGCUCUGUGUUUACCCUGACACCUGAUCGGAACAAGAAUGAUACUAAAUUCAGAUGCGUGUCUGAAAACUUGCCUUGGACAGCAUUUGCUGGGUUCUGGUUACAGCUACCCCUCGCCAUAACUUUUGAACUAUAUUUGGAAAAAUACUGGCCAGAAAAAAAAAUGAUAAAAUUUUUCCUCAUGGUGAAUAAACAAGGGCAGACCCGACUUUCUAAGUACUAUGAACAUGUGGAGAUUAAUAAGCGUACGCUUCUGGAAACAGAAGUCAUAAAGAGCUGUCUCUCUCGAUCCAGUGAACAAUGCUCUUUCAUUGAAUAUAAGGAUUUUAAGCUGAUAUAUCGGCAGUAUGCAGCUCUCUUCAUUGUGGUAGGAGUUAAUGACACUGAGAAUGAGAUGGCAAUUUAUGAAUUCAUCCAUAACUUCGUGGAAGUUUUAGACGACUACUUCAGCCGAGAUCUCUUCCCUUCACCCUUCAGUAAAGAUAAGGUCAAAUUUACAUUGCCCCACAUAAUGAAGAUGCUGAGAAGCUGUUCUCCACAGGAACUGAAAACAAAAGGAGGAAUAAUGGGUCUAAAACAAGGUGCUGGUACUUGCACUGGAAGAUGACCCUACUUCUGUUUGAGGGACGUUUUCAGCAGAUGAAAGAACAACAAUUGGUUCAUGGACAUCAGCUCCUGAAACUAUACUGUGUUCCAUUACAAUUUCUGAUCUCCGUUCCGUUUUGGUCGAACCCAAGCUGAUGUCGCUGCUACUGGCCACGCUACACACAGAACUGCUGCUUCCUUUUCUACUUGAGGAGCCUGCAGCAGCAGAUGUCUUGUCUGGACAGUUGUUUUUCACCAAGCUGCUCCAUGAUUGCGUUGUGCCUGAAACAGUGGAUGAAACAGGUUUGGGUGAUGCCACUGUAUCAGGGUCGUACCCUGGUGCAAGCUUGAGGUCAAAUUUUCCUUCUGCGCCCAUACGGUAAGAGUUUGAGCCACCAGCAUCCCAGGUGACAUCAAUCCAGCCUGGAAAGGGACAGGAGUUUGUAAGACCCAGCAGAAAGCAGAUAGGAGCGUGUCAGACAGUAGCUCCACAAUAUGGGAUCAGCUUUUCAUCAGUGCUGCACUUCUCUGAAUUUCUAGUCAUCUAAGGUCUGCUAACUAAAACUAAAUCCUCCCUUCUACUUCUCUUAUUUCUGAACUGUUUUUUCUGGUGAUACUUAAUGUAAGGGUCAUGUUUACAUCUAUUGGGGUAUCUUUUAAGG